CCAGCGACGCGCUAACCCAUCAUUGGCCCGUGCACCUCAUUUGCGACCUCCUCUCGCACUACUACAAAGUCGAAACAUCCCGCGACCUUCUCUGCUUCUUCUACCUUGCUCUACACCGUCUUCAUCCUCGUCCAACCUUCCACACUCCAGUCGUUAGCGGCAAUUACACUCCUUGACGAGAUCUAGCACAGUUCACAGUUCCCUCAAUCCGUACACGAUAGCAAAACAAGAAACGCUCGCUUCGAUAGCUUCCGAUAUCAUUCACAGCAUCUACCCGUCGUCACACCCGUCCCAACAACACAAAUCACGACCCACGACCCGUCUCCCGGUUUCAAUCCCACGAGUUUACAAUCGUUCUUCGAAAGAAUUGUUGAAAAGGUACAGCCGUGCUGUCAACUCAUCUUCGACUUGAGAUCUUGCAUCCAAGUCCCUCCGCACCUGUAUUUACAGUUCUCGCCUAAACCCGAAUCUGUCACUCGCUAGAUCCAUCUACGUAAACGUUCACUCAUUUAUCAAGAUGCAUUCCUCAACCAUCAUUGCCUCUCUCUUGGCUGCCUUGGCCGUAGCCCACCCCUUCCGACAUGUCAAGAAGGCCUACAAGUAUGAUAUCAAGAUUGUCACCGAGUAUGUCACCGUCACUGCUGGUCAACCCUUCCCUCUCCCAGGUCCUCAAACCACUCCACCAGCUCCCACUCCAACCCCAGACACUGUGUUUGUUUUCAACACUGUCUAUGCACCUCCUCCAGGUUAUCCUGCAGGACCAUGGCCCCAACCACCAAAUCAACAAGGCCAGCCACCGAAGCCUUCUCCUGUCCCAGUUCAACCUCCCCAAUUUCAACCUGCUCCAGUUGAACCUGCUCCCGUUCAACCCGCUCCCGUUGAACCUGCUCCCGUUGAACCUGCUCCCAUUGAACCUGCUCCCGUUCAACCCGCUCCCGUUGAACCUGCUCCAGUUCAACCUGUCCCAGUUCAACCCGCUCCAGUUGAACCUAUUCCAGUUCAAGUCACCUCUGAACCUGAGGCGCCUGUUGUGAUUGCUGAAUCUCCAGCUCCAAAGAACGCUGAGCAACCAAAAUAUGAGCCACCCAAGGAGGAGCCAAAGCCAGCUCCCGCUCCAGAGCCAACUACUGCUCCAGCCCCAGCUCCUACCACAGUCACCCCACCCGUUGUCGUCAAGCCAAGUGAACCAGCUCCUGCCAACGACUACGCAACUAUGGCUGUUAACCAACACAACAUCCACCGUUCUAACCACUCGGCACCCGAUGUUGCAUGGAACCAAACUCUUGCUGACUGGGCCAUGAACACCGCCAAGACCUGUGUCUUCAAGCACGAUAUGUAAGUUAUUGGAAUACUCAUUCCUAUUUGCAUGACUAACAUCAAAUAGGACCCAAGGAACUGGCAACUACGGACAAAACAUUCAAGAUUUCGGCCGUUCCCCAUGGAACAACCUUGAUCUCACCACUGCUGGUGCCAACGGUAUCACUGAGUAUUGGUACAACGGAGAGAUCAACCUUUUCCCGGAGAACUCUUAUGACAACACUAGAUCUGACCCAGCCAUGGGUGCUGAUUGGCUCCACUUCUCCGCCAUGGUCUGGAAGUCAACCAAGACCAUUGGAUGUGCCACCUAUAGAUGUGCCGCAGGUACUUUGAAUGCAAAUGUUGACACUGCUUACACUGUCUGUAACUACUUCCCAGCCGGUAUGUCAUCUUGCGUAUAUUUCAGCAUUUCAAAACUAAUAUUUUUCAGGAAACAUGGGUGGUUCAUAUGGUGCCAACAUUGGCAAGCCUCUCGGCAAGGCCACCGUCAACGCCCCUCUCAACUAAAUAUGACCUGAGAUCAUUCAAGGCCUCGUUUUCCUCGGCAGUUCUGGCCGCGCAACCUACUUUUCAUGUACGAAAAAAUAUUAGCAGGUACUUUAUGUCAUGUCGCGCCGGUCCGUCCGCAUGACAACUGUGUCUCUUGCAUACAUCAUCACCAUAGACGUUGAAGCGGUUCCCAGUUGUUUACAACUAGAAAGGGUUGUCGAUCUACUCCAUUCGCCGUCGCCAUUUUGCCAUCUUCGAGAUUCUCUCUUCGACUUUUUUCGGACUCUUGCACCUCUGAAAAUGCGGCCUCGGUGGAUCUUUUCCUUUACUAUAAUUCAUGUACAUACUUACGACCAUCUUUUUCUUCUCUUCGUUUUCCUACCUUCUCAUGAUGCAUCAUUCCAUCACAAGCAAUGCAUCAUGAAAGUUGGGAGGUUGUUCUAAGGGCUGGUGGGCAAUUGGUACGGAUAUUACCCGCCCGAAGACGACAAUUUUACCAUUUCUCUUGAUGACUUCUUUUUUACUUUUGUCUUGUUUUUGCUUUGAGGUUCUGGCGUAUGUAUGGUAAAGGUGGAAAAUGGGGAGUUUGAUAAAAAGGGAUGAAGAUGUGUCGGUUGGUUUCCCAUGGAAACACAUAAAGAUAAGAUAAAAUACCACCCCUUUUUGAUAGGGAGGAGCGAGGCUCCUUGAAUGAGAGAUUUAUUCGCUUGC